AUGUCCGCAUUCCGUGUUCGACGAUACGCCUUUCUGCCAAAUUCCAAGGUUCAACUGCACACAUUCACCGAUGCUUCCGAAGCCGCAUACGGGGCAUGCGUUUACGCACGAUGUGCAGAUUCCAAUGGCAACGUCAGAGUUCAGCUACUCGUCUCGAAGUCCAGAGUAGCUCCACUGAAGAAAUCAAACAUUGCUCGACUCGAAUUAUGUGCUGCAGCUCUCGGCGCUCACCUUUACGACCACGUCAAAAAAUCCCUCGAUCUGGAAAUUGAGGCUUCCCACUUUUGGACGGAUUCCACAGUAACGCUGCAUUGGCUGAAAGCUCCCCCACACAACUGGAAGACAUACGUGGCGAACAGAGUAGCUGAGGUACAUCAUCACACCCAGGACCAAAAUGUUCACUGGGAAGUCGUAGCCACUGUUCAGAUCAAGAACGAUAUCAACCCGCUGUUCCUACGCUACGAUUCCUACACCCGUCUGCAGUGCGUUACCGGUUAUUGCUUACGUUACCUCUCCAACAUCCGAGCCGCGAUUAAAGCCAGAAAGAAUCCGCCAUCAUCGCCCAGUCCUCCCCGCAGCCGAUCCUUAACAAUCAACGAACUGCGAAUUGCAAAAACAUGCCUCACUCGUUUAGCACAGGAAGAUGCCUUCAGCGAUGAAAUCCGAGAACUAGAAAAGGGAAAAAAUGUGUCUAGAAAGUCCUCCAUCCGGUUGCUGAAUCCUAUCCUAGACUCCGAGAGAAUAUUGAGGGUUGGAGGUAGAUUAAACUUGUCCCAGUUGCCCUAUCACACCAAACACCCUGCCCUGCUCCCUAUCAAUCAUCCCUUCACUCGCUUAGUUGCUCAAUAUAACCACCUCAAGCUCCUUCACGGCGGCGGGCGUCACUUGCUCGCUACGAUUCGCCAAGAAUUCUGGCCACUGAAUGGCCGCCGAUUAGUGCGAAGCAUUGUACGCAAUUGCUUUCGCUGCACCCGUUUGAAUCCGGAACCAGUACAACAACAAAUAGGCCAACUACCGGCACAGCGAGUAGUUCCAGGAAGACCGUUCGAAGUCACAGGCGUUGACUAUGCUGGCCCGCUCUAUCUCAAGCCAGCACAUUUCCGAGCACCAGCGCUGAAAGCGUACAUCUGCAUUUUUGUAUGCUUCACAACGAAGGGCGUCCACAUAGAGCUCGCUAGCGACUUGUCCACCCACACAUUCCUGAAUGCUCUUCGUCGUUUCAUCGCCCGACGCGGCAAGCCUGCCCACCUACACUCCGACAAUGAGAAAAACUUCGAGGGUGCAAAAAAUGAGCUCAUCGAACUGUACCGGAUGCUGAAGAACACGAACGACCGGGACCAAAUCGAGAACGUCUGCGCCUCCGAAGGAAUACAGUGGCACCUUACUCCCCCGAAAGCCCCACACUUCGGCGGAUUGUGGGAGGCGGCAGUGAAGGUCGCCAAGAAGCAUUUGUUUCGCCAGCUCGGGCCCACCAAACUAUCGUUCGAGGACAUGGCAACCGUACUGGCAGAAAUCGAAUCCAUAAUGAAUUCACGCCCACUGCUCCCGAUUACUGAUGAUCCAGAAGACCUCGACAUCCUUACGCCCUCGCACUUUCUCAUCGGAACCACAGCGACAGCCUUGCCCGACCCAGACGUCUCCACCGUUCCUGUUAAUCGGCUGACCCACUAUCAGCAGCUCCAGCAGCACGUCCAGCAGUUUUGGAUCCGUUGGCGAGACGAGUAUUUGGCCGAGCUUCAGCGAGAUUCCAGGCACCGUAGCAGAAACGAAGAAAUCACCCCGGGACGAAUGGUCAUCGUAGUAGACGAGUUGCAGGCUCCCCUCAGGUGGCCUCUUGCGAGAAUAACAGCAGUCCGACCAGGAAAAGACAACAUCGUCCGUGUUGUCUCGCUUCGAACAGCGAAAGGAAUCAUCACACGACCAGUCACCAAAAUCUGCUUGCUGCCGUUCUCCGAUUCCACCACCGACGCAGAAGGAUGUCCAGCGACCAGCAACCAACCAGCAGAGGAAAUAGCAGCGAAUUUAGUGUAG